UCGUCUCGACCUUGGCGUUUGACGUGUAGCAGCAUGGCGAACAAGGAGCCCAGUCGCUUUGUCCAGCACUUGAGAGAUCUGGCAGGUCGGCUAUCUUCGUCUGGUGGCAGAGGGGCAGGAUUAGGACUGAAGCUGCUGCUUGGAGCUGGUGCUUUGGCAUAUGGCAUUAAAGAAGCCACCUACACAGUGGAGGGUGGUCACAGGGCCGUCAUCUUCAACAGGAUCGGAGGGAUGCAGAUGGACACUGUUCUGGCUGAGGGGCUGCAUUUCAGGGUGCCAUGGUUCCAGUACCCUAUUGUCUAUGAUAUCAGAGCCAGACCCAGGAAGAUAUCCUCUUUGACUGGCAGCAAAGAUCUGCAGAUGGUCAACAUAGCGGUGCGAGUAUUGUCCAGACCCAUGGCAUCCAACCUACCAACUAUGUACCAACAGCUGGGGAAGGACUAUGAUGAAAGAGUCUUACCCUCCAUUGUCAAUGAGGUCCUUAAGUCAGUGGUGGCAAAGUUCAACGCCUCACAGCUCAUCACGCAGAGAGCACAGGUGUCCCUGCUGGUCCGCAGGGAGCUGUUUGAGAGAGCCAAAGACUUCAACAUCAUUCUUGACGAUGUGGCCAUUACUGAGCUGAGCUUCAGCAGCCAGUACACUGCUGCUGUAGAGGCCAAGCAAGUUGCCCAGCAAGAGGCCCAGAGAGCCCAGUUCUACGUGGAGAAAGCCAAACAAGAUCAGAGACAGAAGAUCAUCCAGGCUGAGGGAGAGGCUGAAGCUGCCAAAAUGCUGGGGCGAGCAGUGACGAAGAACCCAGGCUACCUGAAGCUGAGAAGAAUCAGAGCAGCACAGAACAUCGCUAAGACGGUGGCAUCAUCUCAGAACAAGGUGUACCUUAAUGCUGAAAGUUUGGUCCUGAACCUACAAGACCAUACAGUUUUUGACAAUUUGUCACUGGCCAAAAAGAAGUGAUGAAGACACAAAGAGAAGCAAUGGAUCUGCAUCUGUUAUAAACUUAUAUGAACAGUCUGUCAGUUUUACAUAGAGAAUCAAGAAUGGAGAUUUUUAUUUUUAUUUUUGCCACUCAGACAUUUGGAAGUUGUUGCAUUAUCGUUGAUGUUUGUCAAUGAAUUGAUGUGAGGGAACAAAAGAGUGCUCUAAUUUUCACAAUGAGCUGAUCAGUAGUAAGAGAUUUGUUUUUUGACAAAUAGAAAUACAAAAUCAAACAAACCAAGAGGAAGCACACUUAUCCAGUGAUUCUUUUUUUUGUGAUUGGAGUGUCUUGCAAGAGCCUUUUUUUAAAUAAAAAUGUAUGCAACAGUAAUUCAGGAGGAGUUAAUAGGUCCAGAAUGUCUAUGAUGUAUGGGACAUCACUGCAGCACAGAUCCUAGUGCUAAUUGACAGAUUUCAUUGCAGUAUUAAUUUCCCAUAUUUUUUACUCUAGACAUCUCAUCACAAGCUGUUCCACUCUGCCUCCUAAUACUUCUCACAGGUAUGACAUGAGAAUGUUUGCCAGGUGUUGUAACAGAUGUUUGGCUGUGUGUGUGGAUUCAGCCACUUGCAUUGGCAGACCAAGUUAAUACAACCUAAUUUAUGAUUCAAUAAACUUUUACUUUAAGUGAA